CACCACUAACACCACCACUCCUCUUCCUCCUCCUCCUCCUUCUUCUUCUCCUCUUGAGACAGAAAACCCUAUCCAGUCGUGACAUAUUCCAGCCUGUCGCCGUAUAUGCAGCGCGGACAGCAAGCACAAGGAGCCAAAAAGCUGAAAGGGACGCUUUCUGCCCACAAACCCUCCCGUGAAACCGAGCAUCCCCGACCCGGAGCGAGAGGCGCACCAGGCGGGGGCGAGAAGCUGCAGGAACCGGUACAUCCUCCCGGAGCUCCGGACCACACCGACCCGAACAGGACUGGAUAUUUACCCUCUCGUUCCAGGACCAGAAGAAAGCUCGCUGGACUAGCCGAGCAGAGCAUCAUCUUCUCCGGUGUAGGACUGGCUCUCGGGUCGCAUGGAGAAGAGGUAUGAAGAGCUGGUGCACUACUCAGGGUCGGAGGGCAUGUCGUUGGGGGGGUACGCGGACGAUGUCAGGACGCUUCCUCCCCCUCACUACGGCCCCCCCAUCAUCCCAGACUCCCUCAAACACCACAAAGACCAGAUCUAUGGUCACCCACUGUUUCCACUGCUGGCCUUAGUGUUUGAAAAGUGUGAGCUCGCCACCUGCUCCCCUCGAGACUCCGCCUCCCUCUCGGCCACCUCCCACCUCCCCGGCAUGCCCAAUCACGGCAUGCCCAAUCACGGCAUGACCAAUCACAGCAUGACCAAUCACAGCGACGUCUGCUCCUCCGACUCCUUCAACGAUGACAUCGCCGCGUUUGCAAAGCAGAUCCGAUCCGAGAAGCCCAUAUUUUCUUCCAAUCCUGAGCUGGACAACUUGAUGAUCCAGGCCAUUCAAGUUCUGCGCUUUCAUUUACUGGAGUUAGAGAAGGUCCACGACCUGUGUGACAACUUCUGCCAUCGAUACAUCACCUGCCUGAAGGGCAAGAUGCCCACAGACCUCAUCAUGGACGACAAGGACGGCGGCUCCAAGUCCGACGUGGAGGAUUUCACCGGGUCCUGCACCAGCCUGUCGGAGCAGAAUGCAUCGUGGUUACGGGAGCCAGAUGAGUGCGCCACCACUCCUCUGGGAACACCGGGCACCUGUGGCCUGCCUUCACACAGCACAGCAGACAACUGUAGCGACAUAGGCGACGGUCUGGACGGAGACGGCUCCCCGAGCACCGGAGACGACGACGACUCGGACCGAGACCGGAGGAACAACAAGAAGAGAGGCAUCUUCCCCAAAGUGGCCACCAACAUCAUGAGAGCCUGGCUCUUCCAACACCUGCAGCACCCGUACCCGUCCGAGGAGCAGAAGAAGCAGCUGGCUCUGGACACGGGUCUGACCAUCUUACAGGUCAACAACUGGUUCAUCAACGCCAGGAGGAGAAUAGUGCAGCCGAUGAUCGACCAGUCAAAUCGCUCAGGUCAGGGGGGUCCUUACAGCCCAGAGGGAGCGGCUCUCGGGGGAUACGGACUGGACGGACAGGUUCACCUCGGGCUCAGAACAGCAGGUCUCCAGGGGAUGUCCUCUCUGCAGGGUGAUUACUCUCUACUGUCCCAGCCAGGCUACCCUCACCACCCGGGCUCCUCCCUCCACCCGUACCCGGGACCCCACCCUGCCAUGCUACUGCACCCCCCCCCACACACACACCCCGCAGAGCCGCUGCUCGCCCAGGGACUGGACAUACAUGCACACUAGUCGUGGGGCGAGUUAGAGAGAGAGAGUGUGUGUAAGGGCAAAUGACAGUAUGAAUGAGUGAGUGUGUGUGUGGUGAGAUAUAUGUAUGUAGGACGCUGAACUGAACACUAUUUAAAGAAGACAAAAAAAAGACGACACAUUGAUACGAAAGUUUACAUUCCCCACUGAAAGACACUGACCUCAAUGUAGCUUGCUAACACACACACACACACACACACACACACACACACACACACACACACACACACACACACACACACACACACACACACACACACACACACACACACACACACACACACACACACACACACACACACACACACACACACACACACACACACAGUCUGGACCCACAGGUUUAAGCCAUACCUCUUUUGAGUAGAAGUGCUUCCUCCCCUCGUCUCCACUAUGUCCUGUGGGUGAGACACAUGCUUUAAAACUACACUUCCCAUCAUGCCUGCUGAUCCACAGGAAGACCGAUGAAUAUUUUGCAACAUGGACGAUCCUGUGAGCACGCCUUCUCCACGACUCCCCGUCUUCCCGCACACUGUCAACGACAAACACACACACCUUCACACACACCUUUACUUUAAGCUGUUUUUUCUGAUUCUAUUUUUAUAUUUAUGCGUGCUCGUUGAAAUAUUAGUGCUCUUCCUUCCUUUAGCAUGACGCUAAACACUAUGAAUGACUUCCAGUCUGCCUCGCUCGCGUACCACUGACCUCCUUAAGACGCCAACAGGUAUAUUAUCACCAUAAUACCUUAGGGUCUUUCCUACACACACAAAAGCCAUUUCCACACACACACACACACAUACACACACACACACACACACACACACACACACACAAUCUUCUAUGAGCAUUUCUAGUAAAUUUGUUCUGUGUCACAGCGGUGUGUGUGAGGGGAGCUGCAGCCAAAGGACUCUUUAAACAUUCGGCUCCCUUUCGGCUCCACGCUGAAACAUUUCUGAAUGAUUAUGGGAAAUACCGUUAAAGUAUUAAAAUGUUUUUUUUGUAAGACUU